CUGUGGUAAGUGCGUCCCUGCUGCUGGGGUGUGAUUGGAGGGAAACCCCGUGUACCACAGUCAGACAGCUUGUGAGAGAAUCAGCUGUGUAACGUAGCUUAGCUAGCCACACACACACACACCACUAUUCCCUUUGCACUCAGUCCCUAGUAACCAUGGUUGACAAGAGCGAGGUGGUUCAGAAGGAGCUGGUCCAGAAGGCCAAGCUGGCAGAGCAGGCCGAGCGCUACGAUGACAUGGCUGCCUCCAUGAAGGCCGUAACGGAGGAAGGCACCCAGUUGUCCAACGAGGAGCGGAACCUCCUCUCUGUGGCCUAUAAGAACGUGGUGGGCGCUCGGCGCUCCUCCUGGAGGGUGGUGUCCAGCAUCGAGCAGAAGACCGAGGGCAGCGAGAAGAAGCAGGCCAUGGCCAAGGAGUACAGGGAGAAGAUAGAGAAGGAGCUGAAGGAGAUCUGUAAUGAUGUGCUGGGUCUUCUGAACCAGUUCCUCAUCCCCAAUGCUACUCCGGCCGAGAGCAAAGUGUUCUAUUUGAAAAUGAAAGGAGAUUACUACCGUUACUUAGCGGAGGUGGCGAUGGGAGAGGAGAAAGCCGCCAUCAUCGGUAACUCCCAGGAGGCCUACAAGGAUGCGUUUGAGAUCAGCAAGAAGGACAUGCAGCCCACCCAUCCGAUUCGUCUGGGUCUGGCUCUCAACUUCUCCGUCUUCUAUUACGAGAUCCUCAACUCCCCCGAGCAGGCCUGCAAACUGGCCAAGACGGCUUUCGAUGACGCUAUUGCAGAGCUGGAUUCUCUGAGUGAAGACUCUUACAAAGACAGCACCUUGAUCAUGCAGCUACUGAGAGAUAACUUGACACUGUGGACCUCAGACAACCAGGGAGAUGGAGAGGAUGCUGAGGAGGGUCGAGACUGACCUGGUCCCUGUUCCCUGGUCUGUCUGUCUGUCUGACUGACUGUCAUCAUCCUCUACCUAUCAACGCUGAGACAGACGGACUGACCGCCUCAUCCCGCCCAACGCCUCUCUUUAGUUCUGUCUGUCACGUCGUCUCACACCUCCAUACCUUUACUCUUCUCUCGGGAAUCAUUGUUGGGGUGGGGGUCUGCUUUCCAGGACUUGGUUGUGGGAGGGGUUUGGUGGGG